GAGGCCAAAACACUAACAUGUAACUUUACUGUGUGUUUGACGAGGUUCUAGUUAAAAACUCACAGAGUGUGUGCAGCACAGCUGAAGGAUUUUAUAACACAAGUUGUUACCUGAAUGUUUCUUCAUGACAACUUGUGAGUUGUGUGUGAGUUGUUGUGUAGUGACCUCACAGAAACAGUCAGUUAAAGUGAUGUUGGUCUGUAAAAGUCACUAAAGCUGCUUUGUUGAACCAAAGUAACAACAACUGAACAUUUAUUUGACCUUUACACUCUCAUUAAACACUCAAGUCAUCAGAUUUCACUGAUAUGAUUCCUACAGUGUGAUUAAUUUGUAACUCUAGCCGCCUCUUUGGGCGGUGCCGGUCCAAAGUCUCAUUCACUGUGAUGGUUGUGGUGCAGACAGUUGUGUCCGUGUGAACCUCCAGCUGAAGGUAAUGUAACACAUUUAAAAUGUCUGACUCAUUAACAAACAUCAUUCUCCAUGUUGAGAGGAGAACGGUGGAGGAAGAGCAGAGGUGGAGUUAGUUGGUCGUCAGUAGUUGAUGUGGAGACGGCAGGAAGCAGCAGUCAGAGGACGGUGAGCAGUGUUGUUUGGUGUCCUGAGACGACAGCUUCAUUUCAAGAAGUAACAGCUGGUGAAACAGAAGCUGAUGGAAAAUGGAAGAGACGGUCAGGUCACAUCUGGAGACAGCAGGACGUGGAGUCACACUGAAGAAAAUGGAUCUCUUGGAUACUCUUGAUGAAUUAAAAAUCAAAGAAUUUGAGAAGUUCAGAUGGUAUCUGAUGGAUCGUGACUUCAUGAAAAACUACAACUACAAAUCCAUCAAAGUGUCCAACCUGGAGGAUGCAGACAGGAAGGAAACGGUGGACCUGAUGGUGAAAACCUAUGAACUUCAUGGAGCUGUGAAGGUGACCAAGGAGGUUCUGAAGGAGAUACCCAGGAUGGACCUGCUGCAGAACCUGUCAGCCAGCAGCUCAGAAUCAGAAGUGUCAGUGGAUGUUAAAGAUGCUGGAGGAGCUCCAGAGAACAGAGAAGUGUCCUCCUCUCAGACUGAAGAAAGUCCUUCUGCAGUUUGUCAGCGUAAACUUAAAUCCAACCUUCAGAAGAAGUUCCAGUGUGUGUUUGAGGGGAUCGCUAAAGCAGGAAACCCAACCCUUCUGAAUCAGAUCUACACAGAGCUCUACAUCACAGAGGGAGGGACUGCAGAGGUCAAUGAUGAACAUGAGGUCAGACAGAUUGAAACAGCAUCCAGGAAACCAGACAGACCAGAAACAACAGUCAGACAAGAAGACAUCUUUAAAGUCUCACCUGGAAGAGACGAACCAAUCAGAACAGUGAUGACACAGGGAGUGGCUGGCAUCGGGAAAACAGUCUUAACACAGAAGUUCACUCUGGACUGGGCUGAAGACAAAGCCAACCAGGACAUACAGUUCACAUUUCCAUUCACUUUCAGAGAGCUGAAUGUGCUGAAAGAGAAAAAGUUCAGCUUGGUGGAACUUGUUCAUCACUUCUUCACUGAAACCAAAGAAAUCUGCAGCUUUGAAGAGUUCCAGGUUGUGUUCAUCUUUGACGGUCUGGAUGAGUAUCGACUUCCUCUGGACUUCCACAACACUGAGAUCCUGACUGAUGUUACAGAGUCCACCUCAGUGGAUGUGCUGCUGACAAACCUCAUCAGGGGGAAACUGCUUCCCUCUGCUCGCCUCUGGAUAACCACACGACCUGCAGCAGCCAAUCAGAUCCCUCCUGAGUGUGUUGACAUGGUGACAGAAGUCAGAGGGUUCACUGACCCACAGAAGGAGGAGUACUUCAGGAAGAGAUUCAGAGAUGAGGAGCAGGCCAACAGAAUCAUCUCCCACAUCAAGACAUCACAAAGCUUCCACAUUAUGUGCCACAUCCCAGUCUUCUGCUGGAUCACUGCUACAGUUCUGGAGAAUUUGUUGAAGACCAGAAAGAGAGGAAAGCUGCCCAAGACCCUGACUCAGAUGUACAUCCACUUCCUGGUGGUUCAGGCCAAACGGAAGAAUGUCAAGUAUGAUGGAGGAGCUGAGACAGAUCCACACUGGACUCCAGAGAGCAGGAAGAUGAUUGAGUCUCUGGGAAAACUGGCUUUUGAUCAGCUGCAGAAAGGAAACCUGAUCUUCUAUGAAUCAGACCUGACAGAGUGUGGCAUCGAUAUCAGAGCAGCCUCAGUGUACUCAGGAGUGUUCACACAGAUCUUUAAAGAGGAGAGUGGACUGUACCAGGACAAGGUGUUCUGCUUCAUCCAUCUGAGUGUUCAGGAGUUUCUGGCUGCUCUUCAUGUCCAUCUGACCUUCAUCAACUCUGGUGUCAAUCUGCUGGUAGAGGAAAAAACAGCAGACCGUCAAUCUACAGAGAAACGUCUCUACCAGAGUGCUGUGGACGAGGCCUUACAGAGUCCAAAUGGACACCUGGACUUGUUCCUCCGCUUCCUCAUGGGUCUUUCACUGAAGACCAAUCAGAAUCUUCUCCGAGGUCUGCAGACACAGACAGGAAGUAUCUCACAGACAAAUAAGGAAACAGUCAAGUACAUCAAGAAUAAGUUUGAAGAGACAUUGUCUGCAGAGAGAAGCAUCAAUCUGUUCCACUGUCUGAAUGAACUGAACGAUCGUUCUCUAGUGAAGGAGAUCCAGUGGUCCCUGAGAUUAGGACGUCUCUCCACAGAUAAACUGUCUCCUGCUCAGUGGUCAGCUCUGGUCUUCAUCUUACUGUCAUCAGAAAAAGAUCUGGACGUGUUUGACCUGAAGAAAUACUCUGCUUCAGAGGAGGCUCUUCUGAGGCUGCUGCCAGUGGUCAAAGCCUCCAAGAAAGCUCUAAUGAGUUACUGUAACCUCUCAGAGAGAAGCUGUGAAGCUCUGUCCUCAGUUCUCAGCUCCCAGUCCUCUAGUCUGAGAGAGGUGGACCUGAGUAACAACAACCUGCAGGAUUCAGGAGUGAAGCUGCUGUUUCCUGGAUUGGAGAGUCCACAGUGCAAUCUGGAAAGUUUGAGACUGAGUGGCUGUAACCUCUCAAAGAGAAGCUGUGAAGCUCUGUCCUCAGUUCUCAGCUCUCAGUCCUCUAGGCUGAGAGAACUGGACCUGAGUAACAACAACCUGCAGGAUUCAGGAGUGAAGCGACUUUCUGCUGAACUGAAGAGUCCACACUGUGUCCUUGAAAUUCUCAGGCUGUCAGGCUGUCUGAUCACAGAGGAAGGCUGUACUUCUCUGGCCUCAGCUCUGGACUCCAACCCCUCCCAUCUGAGAGAGCUGGACCUGAGCUACAAUCAUCCAGGAGACUCAGGAGUGAAGCAGCUGUCAGCUCGACUGGAGGAUCCAGGCUGGAGACUGGACACUCUCAGGGUGGAGCCUGCUGGAGUCCGAUGGUUGACACCAGGUCUGAGGAAGUAUUCCUGUGAGCUCACAGUCGACACAAACACAGUCAACAGAAACAUCAAACUGUCUGACAACAACAGGAAGAUGACACUUGUGAAGGAGGAUCAGUCAUAUCCUGAUCAUCCAGACAGGUUUGACCAGUGGUAUCAACUGCUGUGUAGAACUGGUCUGACUGGUCGCUGUUACUGGGAGGUCGAGUGGAGAGGAAGAAUUGAAAUAUCAGUGAGUUACAGAAGAAUCAGCAGGAAAGGAGACAGUAAUGACUGUGUGUUUGGAUGGAACAAUCAGUCCUGCAGUCUGAGGUGCUUUGAUGGUGGUCGUUAUUCAGUCUGGCACAAUAUGAGAGAAACAUCAUCCUCCUCCUCCUCCUCCUCCUCCUCCUCCUUCUCCUUCUUCUCCUCCUCCUCCUCUGGUAGAGUAGCAGUGUAUGUGGACUGUCCUGCUGGCACUCUGUCCUUCUACAGAGUCUCCUCUGACUCACUGAUCCACCUCCACACCUUCAACACCACAAUCACUGAACCUCUUUAUCCUGGAUUUGGGUUCUACUGGACCAGUUCUGGUUCCUCCUCAGUGAGUCUGUGUGGUGUUUAGUGUGCAGAGUCUCCUCCUGUCACAGAAACACUGUCAGUGCUGAACAGUUGAGUCUGUACAGGAUCACAGUCACAUCAAUCUUUCAGCUUCUUGUCAUAAAUUCAUCAUCAACUUUGUACAAAAUGAUUCAAACUGAUUGAAAAGAUUCUUCAUUUACAUUUGAAACUUCUUCCAUUAAAUUGUGGAAAUUGCGUUGACUUGUACUUUCUGUCAUGUGUUGUUUUGAAUUCUGGCUCUUGUUCCAAUAAAAUCCACAACUAUCAGUGAAAUGUAAGAAACAGAAAACAUCAACUCGUCUGCAGCUUUAAUUGUAAAGAAUCAUUGUGAACAAAGUUGUAAAUGGACAGUAAAAUCUGAUCAAAUGUACUCGACACUCCACCUGAAACACUCUGACUUGUUUCAUGUGUUUGUAAUGAUGAAACUAAAAGUUUGAUGGUGUUGGUUAACACAUGUAAUUAUGUCCGUAGUGACAGAGUCAUAAACUGCACAACAUCUCUUCAUUUCUGUCUGAUUAUUAUAUGAGAAGAAAACACAUUUGAAUGACAAUCAUUGUGUUUCUCUUAGUGUUUUGUGGCUGUUGAAGUCCGGCUGUAUUUUCAGGACGUUUGUUGGAUUUGAAUCUGGUCCGUCAAACUAAACAGCUGUGAGAAAAGUCUUUCUCUGUCUGAGCCGGUUGGCUGAAGAUGUUUGGAAGUCUGAGAGCCGGAUGAAAUACUGAAACACUUUCAGAGAUCACAAACUAAACUGUCCUGAUGAAGUUUUUAAACAAGAGCUGAAGAGAUCUGAGCUCAUGUUUGAUGCUUCUGAACGUUGAUUUUCAGAGCAAAGAGUCCAAAACUUGUACAAAUUGUUCCUUUUUGUUUAAAUGUGACUUUGUUUGUGAAACGAUCAGCUGACGAGUUUAUAAUCAGACUGAAAGAUGUCGCACAGCGUUACUGAAAUGUUUCUCCUCUGCUGAAGUAGCUGAAUAUAAAAGUCUACUUGUGUCCUCAUCAUGUUGUCUGUCAGUGUGGAAACUGUAAAUAAUUCAUAUUGUUUUCAUGCUAUAUUAAAGGAACCAGAACACA